GGAAAUAAUUUGAUCCGAAAAGGAAAGAACGAGAGCUCGAACGCAGAAAUGGAGGCGGCAAUGGGAUUGAUGCGAAGAAUUCCGCCCAAGCACUCGGAAGCGGCGCUGUCUGCAUUGUUAAGCCUUUUGCCGCACCACUCUGGCGAUCUGCUCUCGCAAGUUGACCAGCCUCUUCAGGUUUUAUGUGAUGUUGAUAGUGGGAAGGAGUUCAUAUUAUGCGAGUAUAACAGAGAUGCAGAUUCUUACAGAUCACCUUGGUCAAACAAAUACCAUCCCCCACUAGACGACGGACUUUAUCCAUCUCAAGAGCUGAGGAAACUUGAAAUGGAAGCAAAUGACGUCUUCACGGUUUAUUGUGACCAGUACUAUGAAGGUGGCACUUCAUCAGUAUAUAUCUGGGAGAAUGAAGAUGAAGGUUUUAUUGGUUGCUUCUUAAUCAAAAAGGAUGGUUCGAGAACUGCAGAUGGUAGAAGAGGUUAUUUAGAAGAAGGGUCUUGGGAAGCAAUUCAUGUCAUUGAGGUGGUUCCUCUAGAUGAAGCAACUGCUCGUUACUGCUUGACUAGCUCUGUGAUGCUCUCGUUGACCACAAAUGACGAGUCCUCAGGCGCCUUCAACUUGUCAGGAUCGAUUAGAAGACAGAUGAAUAUGGAUCUUCCGGUUGAUGAGGGUCAUCUAUGCAAUAUGGGAAGGAUGGUCGAAGAAAUGGAGAGCAAGCUGAGGUACUCGUUGGAUCAGGUCUAUUUUGGGAAGACGAAGGAGAUGAUCUGCACAUUGCGUCCACCAUCUGAACUAGUUCAAACGAGCCUUCCUGAACAAAUCAACAAGCGACAUUCUUGAAAUAUAUGUACUCGCUUUUGUUAUUCUUGUUUCCUGGCACCAGCAGCGGUAUUGCGUGUGAUGUUUUGUCUAUCUUGUUACUCAUACUUGAAUUCAUUUGUUUUGAAAAUGUUAGUGAGUGUUGUGUAAGAUAGACUCUCCCUUUCCAAACUGUAGCAUUGUUCCUUUGUAAAAUGAGCUCUUGUCUUGUCUGACUGAUUUUGUUAUGAAUGCAUUGGACUAAUAUUGUUGUAA